GCAGUUCCAAGGCUUAUUUCGAUGAACAGCCCGAUCGUGGAUUAUGGGACGGCGAAACUGAUGGCCGAGCUCUACGACGUGUUAGACGACAUGCCGAACGCCGUGGAGCAGAGCGACAAAUCGGUCGUGGCGAUCGUCCGCAAUGUGAAUCGCCUGUUCCUCCAUCCAAGCGUCAAGGACGCACUCAUAUCGGGCUGCAUCGCCCGCCUUCCGGCAUCGCUUUGCCAAAUGGAGAUCGCCGAGCUGCGCGGUAUCAUUCAGACGUUCAGCGCCAAAACUGUCAUUGUUAACGAGAGCGAUAAAAUUUGUGCCAUAUGUCUCCUGGUGAAGGCACUGUACGAAAACUGGACACUGAAACGUGAACAUCUGGCACUGGUGUACAACGCGUUUGGACUGAAGCCGAUGGUGAAGGCUAGCCUCUAUCCCGAUCUAAUGUACAAACUGAGCGCCGCCGACAUCUUCGCGGAAGACGAAGUAGAGAACUUGGCCAUGCAGCUAAAACAGCUGAACAAGGACCGGUUGACCGUCGGUCAGAUAAUCGCCACUCUGGGGCCAGAAAUCAUCGUCAGACAAAACGGCUCGAUAACGACAAAGCGAACCGUGGUGACCCAGCAUUUUGGUGCGCAAUUCUUAACUUCGGAUGGAAUGAUGAAAGUAGGAACCUGUUCGAUGUUCUUGGAUUUAAGUUUGGCGCAAUGA